AUGUCGUUAACAAGUGCUGCCCCACUUUUAGUACUAUUGAAUGAAAAAGAUGACAAUAUUAAGUCGUACGCUUUGCAAUCCAUAAACGAUGUCAUUGAUGCCGAAUGGUCUGAAGUAUCAAAUUAUAUCUCUAACAUUGAAGCUCUAUCCGACGAAAGCUCCUUUACUGGUCGUAAAAUGGCCGCUUUGAUUGCCUCCAAGGUUUAUUAUAAUUUGGGAGAAUACAAUUUGGCUGUUAGAUUUGCAUUAACAGCAGAAGAAUGUUUUGAUAUAAAUGAAAAGAGUCAGUAUGUUGAGACCAUUGUCUCCAAGAGUAUCGAGAUGUACAUUAAAAAACAAACUAAAAAUAAUCAAGCAGCAGAAACCAACAUAGAAAUUGAUCCCAAAUUGACCACGAUUUUUGAAAGAAUGUUGCAAAAGUGUGUUGAGGCAUCCGAAUUCAAAUUAGCAUUAGGUAUUGCAUUAGAAGGUUAUAGACUAGAUAUUGUUGAAAGUAUUUUGAAAACCCGUAUCGCUGAAGAUGCUGAAUCUAGUAGUUUAAAGUUGUUGAAUUAUGUUCUAACAGCAACCUCGAGUACCGUCUCCAGUUCUACAUUUCGUACAGAAAUUUUAAAAUCACUAUUUAAACUAAUCCUAUCAAUGAAUAAUGUUGACUAUUUCACUGCAUCUAAAGUUGUUGUAAACUUGAAUGAAUUAGAAUUUGCAGUUGAUUUAUUUGAGGCUCUUAAGAAGGAUAAUUGUAAAAACAUCUCUUAUCAAAUUGCUUUUGAUUUGGUAUCGUCUGGUUCUCAGGGUCUAUUGACAUCCUUGAUAAAGACGUUGUCGGAAAAUAAUUUCGAUCCUGUUUUAUUGGAUAUUUUAUCAGGUUUACCUACUUGUGAUUACUACAAUACAUUUUUACAUGAAAACAAAAACAUCGAUAUUGGUUUAUUAAAUAAAACCAAAUCUUCAUUAGAUGGUAAAUUUUCUUUGUUCCAUACAGGUGUUAGUGUUGCUAACGGUUUUAUGCAUGCCGGUACCACUGAUAACUCAUUUAUUAAGGCUAAUUUGCCAUGGUUAGGGAAAGCUCAAAAUUGGGCCAAAUUUACAGCUACUGCAUCAUUGGGUGUGAUUCACAAAGGUAACCUUACAGAUGGUCAAAAAGUAAUGGGCCCAUAUCUACCUGGAAGCCGUUCUUCUUCUCGUUAUAUUAAGGGUGGUUCUCUAUACGGUUUAGGUCUUCUAUAUGCUGGUUUUGGUAAGGAUAUUUUAGAAUAUUUGCUUAACAUGAUUGAUGAAAAUAGCGGUACUGUUGGGGAUGAAGAUGUCGAUGUUUUAUUACAUGGUGCAUCACUAGGUGCAGGUCUAGCAGCUAUGGGUUCCCACGAUGUAUAUGCAUUUGAAACUCUUAGAGAGGUCAUAUUCCAUGAUACUGCCACAUCAGGUGACGCAGCUGCCCUGGGUAUUGGUUUGACAAUGCUUGGUUCUGGUGAUCAAGAUUGCACUGAGAGUAUGAACACGUUCGCUCACGAGACAAAUCAUGGAAACAUUAAGCGUAGUUUAGCGAUGAGUAUUGCUAUGAUUAAUUAUGGUUGCGAAGAGAAAGCUGAUGAAUGGAUUGAAAAGUUGUUAGAGGAUGAGGAUUCCACAAUCAGAUAUGGUGGUGCUUUCACUAUUGCACUAGCCUAUGUCGGUACAAGUAACAAUAAAGCUGUUAAAAAAUUAUUACAUAUUGCGGUUUCGGAUUCAAAUGAUGACGUCAGACGUGCAGCCGUUAUAUCGCUAGGUUUUGUUCUUUGUCGUGAUUACACAACUGUUCCAAGAAUUGUCGAGCUUCUUUCUAAAUCGCACAACGCACAUGUUCGUUGUGGUACUGCAUUUGCUUUGGGUAUUGCUUGCGCUGGUAGAGCUUUAGAUGAAGCGCUUGACGUUCUGGAACCAUUGAUUAAGGACCCUGUUGAUUUUGUUCGUCAAGCAGCUAUGAUUGCACAAGCACUUAUAACGAUCCAGCAAACAGAUAAAUCUAACCCAAGAGUUACCGAAAUAAACAAAAACUUCUUGAAUGUUGUAACAAGUAAGCACCAAGAGGCACUAGCUAAAUUUGGUGCUUGCAUCGCACAAGGUAUUGCAAACGCAGGUGGUAGAAAUGUUACAAUCCAACUUGAAAAUAACGAAACAGGUACGUUAGACACUAAAUCAAUUAUUGGUUUGGUUAUGUUUGCUCAAUUUUGGUAUUGGUACCCAUUAUCACACUUCUUAUCCUUGUCAUUUACCCCAACUGCUGUAAUUGCUGUUCGUGAUUCUGAUCUGGCUAUUCCAAAGGUUGAACUAAAUUGUUUUGCUAAACAAGGUGCAUUUAGUUAUCCAAAAAUGUUUGAAGAAGAAGCCAAUAAAGAAGUUGAAAAAGUUGCAACCGCUGUUCUAUCUACAACAGCCAGAGCCAAGGCUAGAGCCAAAAAGACGAAAAAGGAUAAGGAAGAAAAAGAAGAAAAGGUUCCAUCUAAGGAACAAGAACCAACAGAAGUUCCUAAACAAAAUAGUUCCGAAGCUUUAUUGGAUGAAUAUUCUAAGAACAAGUAUUCAGCCAAACCAUAUAAGAUUGAAAAUCUAACUAGAGUAUUGCCUCAACAAUCAAGGUAUGUCUCGUUUGUCAAGAAUAGUAGGUUUGCACCUGUACGUAAAUCUAAGAACACAAGUGGGAUUAUAGUUGUAUCAGACUCAGCUCCUGAUGAACCAAUUGAAUUGAUAGAGACAAUUAGAGAACGUAAUGACGUUAACGCUCCUGUACCUGCACCAUUCAAGGUCGAAGACGAGGUUGAUUUCGACAAUUUGUAA